AGAACAAUGUGGUGUUGAAAGAACAACAGAAAGCAAAGAAAGAAAUUAAGAAUGAAUACCUCAUAAUUAAGCUGAUAUAUCAUUCACUCAUAAGCUCACUCACCCUCCAUUAAAUCAAUCAAUACCUCCAUUUCCAUUUUCCCAUCAAAACCCUCUUCACUUUCAUCCAUAACAUAACUAAAACUCUCUCCAAAAUCUCACAAACAACAACACCACCAUCAUCUUAAACUAUUAAACCAUCAAAACAAAAAGAACAGAGGAAGCAGAAACAGAGGAAGAGGAAGAAGUGAAACUCAUAACCACCGGAGACAGACAUCAUCACCGCAGAAACCACCACUCUCUUUCUCCGGUACUGCAGAACGUACCAUUGAAUAAGACAGAUAGAUAGCUAGCUAGAUUUUAUUUAUAUUUCUGAUUUCUGAUAAUCUUUAUCAGCUCUUCCAUUUCGAAUACAAUUCAUCGAUGGAUUGGGUGUAAUUGUUCAAAUCAACACCUUUCAUUUCAAUCAAGUAGAAUUACAACUCAAAUUCUUGUUACUCCUUCAACAACAGUAGCAGCAUUUCUAGUUUGAUUUUGAGUUCAUAUAUAGCUUUGGUUUUUGCUUCAACAGUUUGUGAAGUAGCUAGCAUUUGUACGUGGUAUGAUUUGAGUUCACAAUUUUUGUGGUUUCAUCUAUUUGUGAAGUGGAAUUGGUGAUAUUGUGGUUGGAACUGAAACUGAAAGUGCGUCAUGUUGUGAAAUAGUUACAUUGGUAGAUCUAGAAAUACAAGUGUUGUUUUGAAGAUUAUUAAUCAAAAAAGUUGAAGGAAAGAUUGAAGAGGGGAUGGAAAGUUUGCAGAAAUUCACAAGAGCGGUUACAACAUGGAAAAUUUGGGGACUCUCAGGAAAAGCAUUAGAUCCAAGAAGCAAGCGCGUGCAAAUAUGGAACCGCGCGCUGUUAUUAGCGCGCGGUGUUGCUUUGGUGAUGGAUCCACUGUUUGUCUAUGCACUUUCCAUAGGGAGAAAAGGAGGUUCGCCAUGUUUGUAUAUGGACGGAGGGUUGGCGUUGGUUUUCACAGUGGCGCGUUCGCUUCUUGAUGCAGUUCAUUUGCUUCACAUUGGGUUGCAGCUUAGAUCAGCAUAUGUGUCUAGAAAAUCCCUUGUUGUUGGAUGUGGGGAACUUGUGUGGGACGCACGCGCCACUGCUUCUGCCUAUAUGAGAGCUUUCAAAGGAUUCUGGUUUGAUAUUUUUGUUAUUCUUCCUGUGCCUCAGGUUGUAUUUUGGAUAGUAGUACCAAAAUUGAUAAGAGAAGAGAGGAUUAAAAUAAUGAUGACAACAAUGCUAUUGAUGUUUUUGUUCCAAUUUCUCCCUAAGGUUUGUCAUAGCAUAUCCAUGAUGAGAAGAAUGCAAAAUGUCACGGGCUAUAUCUUUGGCACCCUUUCUUGGGGAUUUGGACUCAAUCUCAUAGCUUAUUUUUUUGCCUCUCAUGUUGUUGGAGCGUGUUGGUAUGUCCUUGCGAUUCAACGCAUUGCAUCAUGCCUUCAACAGCAAUGUGAAAGAUCUGCUGGAUGCAAUCUCGCUCUAUCAUGCUCAGAGGAGAUAUGUUCUCGGUCAUUGUGUGGUGGAAACUCAACAAUGAUGAGUAAGCUUGUGUGCUUAGAUGUUAAAGGACCUUUCAGACAUGGCAUCUACCGAUGGGCACUUAAUGUUGUAUCCAGCAAUUCCUUGGCUUUCAGGAUUCUUUAUCCCAUUUAUUGGGGUUUGACGACCUUCAGCACUUUUGGAAAUGAUCUUGAACCCACAAGUAACUGGCUAGAAGUGAUUUUCAGUAUAUGCAUUAUAGUUGCCGGACUACUACUUUUCACUCUGUUUAUUGGUAACAUUCAGGUAUUCUUAGAUGGAGUCAUGGAAAAGAAGAGAAACAUGCAGCUUAGAAGUCGUGACAUGGAAUGGUGGAUGAGGAGGAGGCAGUUGCCCUCCCGAUUAAGACAAAGAGUUCGGCAUUUUGAACGUGAGAGAUGGGCAGCCACAGGAGGAGAAGAUGAAAUGGAACUCAUGAAGGACUUACCCGAGGGUCUGAGGAGAGACAUUGAGCAGUAUCUGAUAGAGGAUGAUGGAGACCAAAGAGCAUAGUCCAUACACAGGGGCGGAUCCACUUGUAAAUGAGGGUGGGCAGUUGCACACGCUGGAUUUUUAUAUUUACUCAUAAUACCCCGAUAUAUUUUGCACUUGCACCCCCUGAAUAUAUUCAUUUGCACCUUAUCCAAUGAUUUUGUCCAUGGACCCAUUGAAAUCUCACCUCAUGUAGCAGCCCAACUAGCCCAACCGGAAGCUUGCUUGUUCUUCUUGUUGUUUCUAUUUUAGUGUUAUUAAUCAUUACUAUUAUUAUAUUGUUUUUCUCAUAAAUGCCAAAAUGCCAUAAAAUGUGGAUCGAGCACAUGUUCAUGCUUGUUAUGUUAUGUGUACCUUACCACUAUGCCAAAGUAAAAGUCUUAUA